UUACAUUUCCAAAAAAAAAAAAAAAAAAUUGUAUCUAUUAAUUUUUACGGCUGAUUUUUCUGCAUAGAAGUGAAGUGCCUUCUCUUCUUCUACCUCCAACUCUCUCUCUAGAUAUUUCUCCAUAAAGCUGCUGGUCUUUCUUUGCCGGGAAAACACAAGGACGUUAGAGAACAAAAAAAAACCGGAGAUGCUGACUCUUUCUCUCUCCUCCGCGUACUCUCCCUCUUUCCACAACAGACACACUCUCUCUCUACAAUCUCCGCCUCCUCAGAGUGGGCUUCUUCGUCUCACUCAAGACACCCCCUACCUUCGCUUCAAUCCUCCUGGAGUUUCGGUUAAUUGUAAGGAGGUGAUGAAGAGGAACCGCCGAGGGUUUGGUCCUGUUUGUUACUCUGCGCCUCUCACUCCUCGAAGCCUCCAGUGGAUCUCCACCGUUUCUUCUGCGGUUUUACUGCUUGCUAGGGGAACUGGAGUUCAGAAAUCCUUUGCUGUUCCUUUAUUUGCCCUACAAGCGCCUGCAAGCCUCAUCUCAUGGAUCAAGGGUGAAUAUGGUAUUUGGACUGCAUUCUUGGCUCUUCUUGUUCGUCUCUUCUUCUCUAUUCCUGGUGAACUGGAGUUGCCGUUUAUAGCAUUACUGUUGGUGAUUGUGGCUCCUUAUCAGGUUUUGAACCUAAGGGGUACAAAAGAAGGUGUCAUGCUUUCGUUGGUGAUUGCUGGGUAUUUGGCUUUCCAGCAUUUCACACGGGCAGGCAGCUUGCGGAAAGCUUUCGACCAAAGUUCAGUUGUUGCUACCUUGGCCAUUAUUUGUAUCGUUGCUGUGUCAUGCUUGCUUUUGAUCUGACUUUAAUACUGUAAAGAGCAUUCCUGUUAACCUUCUACAAAACACUAAACUUGUGUGAAGAAGAAGGUUAGAGAAUGACCGUCGUAUCUAAACAUUUCUUUUUCUUUGCUUAAAAACUUUAACUUAUAUUACUUUUGGUA